AUGAAGCAGCCCGUCUGGCCCAUGGCCUGUCCUUUUCUGUCACUUCCCCUGCCCUGCCUCUCCACCCUCUGGCCCACCCCGGCCCUGCCUCUCCACCCCACCCCGACCCUGCCUCUCCACCCCCUGGCCCACCCCGGCCCUGCCUCUCCAACCCCUGGCCCACCCCGGCCCUGCCUCUCCAACCCCUGGCCCACCCCGGCCCUGCCUCUCCACCCCACCCUGGCCCUGCCUCUCCACCCCACCCCGGCCCUGCCUCUCCACCCCUGGCCCACCACGGCCCUGCCUCUCCAACCCCUGGCCCACCCCGGCCCUGCCUCUCCACCCCUGGCCCACCCCGGCCCUGCCUCUCCAACCCCUGGCCCACCCCGGCCCUGCCUCUCCACCCCAUCCCGGCCCUGCCUCUCCACCCCACCCUGGCCCUGCCUCUCCACCCCCUGGCCCACCCCGGCCCUGCCUCUCCAACCCCUGGCCCACCCCAGCCCUGCCUCUCCAACCCCUGGCACACCCCGGCCCUGCCUCUCCACCCCCUGGCCCACCCCGGCCCUGCCUCUCCAACCCCUGGCCCACCCCGGCCCUGCCUCUCCACCCCUGGCCCACCCCGGCCCUGCCUCUCCAACCCCUGGCCCACCCCGGCCCUGCCUCUCCACCCCCUGGCCCACACCUGCCCUGCCUCUCCACCCCCUUGGCCCACCCCGGCCCUGCCUCUCCACCCCACCCCUGCCCUGCCUCUCCACCCCACCCCGGCCCUGCCUCUCCACCCCCUGCCCCCCCCGGUCCUGCCCACCUGGCUCAGUACACGCCCGUGUGCCUUUGACCAAUCUCCUCAUGGCUCAGGCCUCCUGCCCCAGGGACCCAUAUCUGCACAUCUCUAUAACACAGAUAAGUUCUUCAGGGUGCCAGUAA